CAAUCAUCGAGGCAGGGCAGUCGAGAGAGCGUAGAGCGUCGAGAUCGAGGUCCAAGUUUCCCUUUCCCUGAACGACCUAUAGCCAGCCCAAAGGCUUUUGGUACUAGACAAGAUGGUCUUCAUCCUAGGCGUCAACUUCCCCGAGCGGAAUCUCGUCAAGAAAUCCCUCGAGUCCUUCUUCGGAAUCGGUAACCACACGUCGGCGCGCCUCCUCUCCCGCUUCCACAUCCACCCGACAUGCAAGAUCGGUGAACUGGGAAACAAGCAGGUCCUUGAUAUCACGGCCGCCCUGACCGACAUGAAGAUCGAGAACGACCUCCGGAGACAAGUCCUUGACAACAUCAAGCGGUUGAAGGAUAUCGGUACCUACCGCGGUCGUCGUCAUGCGCUGGGCUUGCCCGUUCGCGGUCAGAACACACGAAGCCAGAUCAAAACUGCUAUCAAGCUCAACCGGAUCGAGAGAAGACUCGGUUAAGAAGACGGUGGGGGUUUCUGCUUCGAUUUGGUGGGCCUUUUGCGCUUGGCUCUUUUUUCUUGUGAGGGCAUGGAAUUGGCGUUUAUCAUUUUUCUUUUCAUUAUCCGCUGUAACCUGUAUAUUUCUGAAUCAUCCCCCCAUCCGCAAAACCCGAUGGAAUGUAUCACAAUAUAAGACAAAUCAACUGUCUGAUUACGAA